AUGUCACACAAUACUAGUAAGUAUAAACGAUGCUCAUUAGCUAUUGAGUCACCAGUGGAUUGUCCUUCUAAUAAUCCUUUGAAUGCAUUCUUAGUUUAUUCUACUUCGAGUGAAACAGAAAUGGGGAAUAGUGCUAGUGCAAAUGCUAGUGUUAAUUCUAAACCAAAUGCUGUAACUACAUUUUAUACAUUGCACGACUCAGGAUCAACGACGGAAUCAACUUCUGAUUUACAUAAAUCAAAUUCAAUGCCUAAUAUGACUCCUUCACCAUUAAAUGGGAAGCCACCCAUCAGUAAUAAAUAUAAUUCAAGUCCAAAUAACUUUAUUGCUCCAUCACCAACAUUUAGAAGAAGAGUCUCAUUAUGCGAUUUAAAUAAUUUUAAUGAUGAACUUCGUAUAAUUAAUGAUUCUAGAAAAUCAUCGAUUGAAAGCAUAAGUCUGGCAGGAUCCAAAGCCACUGCCAGCACAAAAUCAAUGUCCAAUUUAUUGGGUUCAAGGGAUAGCCUAAACAGUUCACACCAACAUUAUUUCAAUCCUGAUUUUAAAUUUAAUGGCAGUAGAGACAGCAAUAUGUCUAUAGCAGAGUCAAAGACUUGUAGAAAUCAUCAUAGACGGAAUUCUAUUGCCCUUAAAUUUGAGAACCCUAAAGUUAUUGAUUAA